UCUCCUGCUAGCUAAACCAAGCGAUCAAACUAAACAAAACUUACAAUGUCUUUGCUUAAGUAUUUUUCACCCCUCAUGCUACUGCUAGUGUUGCUUGUAUUUGUUGCAUCUUCCCGUGGAGCAAAAGUAGUGGAAGUGGGUGAGAUUUGCAAGCAAUCUAAGAAUGUUUCAUUUUGUAUAACCCUUCUGAACUCAAGCCCAAGUGGGAAAGACCUUGUUAGCCUUACCCAAUAUACAAUUGAUGUAGCUCAUGCCAAUGUGACCAACACAAUUACUCUAAUCAAAUCUUUGAUUGCAAAAAGUGUUGAUGAUCCGAAGGCAAAUGCCCAUUACAAAACAUGCUUGUUUUAUUUUGUUGUAGAAGGGGGUGCUCUCAAUGCCAUUGAAGACGCUCAACAAUGUUUUAACAAGGGUGGUUAUGAUGGUGUGGGUAGUAGUGCGAAUCAAGUCUAUGCACGUGUUGAUGCUUGUCUUUUAGGAGACGACGGACCAGACCCGGGCCUAACUCCUUUUCCUGAUACCUCAUUACUUCCAAAUUAUGCUGAUGUUAUCAAACAAGUUGCUCAUAUUAUACUUUUCCUAUCACAUCUAUUGAUAGGUGAUUGAUCAGAUGUUGUUCAAAGAUAUUUGGAUGA